AUGCCGCCGUCAACACCCAAGAAGCGGAGUAAAUCUUACAGUGACGACAACUCCAACAGAAAACGAGCGAAAGCGUCUGAAUCGGCCUCAAAAUCGACAUCUGAGUCAUCCGACGAUGAUUCAGAUACAUCUGAUGCAUCCCACGAUCCACUAAAAGCUCCAGCAGACUUUACCUUUAAUGGGACUAUACUGAAAAGUCGACUUUCACGAGGUUUUCCAGCCAUGGACGAAAAUGGCGAGAUUGUCACUUUUAGAAAACAAGUAUUGCGUGGUGAUUUGAAAUCACCUUCAGACUCCGCCUUUAAAUGCGUCGAGCUGGGGAAAUUGAUGAGAAAGCACUAUCCUGUGCAAAUGUCGUGCCCUGACAUGUCCACCUUCAAUGAGAGAGCGAAGACAGUUACUGGAUCCUCAAGUACUGAACUUACAAGGCAACGCUCAAUCAACAACAAAAAAGAGAAGGCGAAACUCAAACUGAGGGAUUUUAUAAAGCAGAAUAAUGCUGAGGAUACACAGGAAACACCUGUACCAGCACCACAGAAAACAGAUACACCACCAUCACAGAAAUCCGCUGUACCACCACCACAGAAAUACGCUGUACCAGCAUCAUCCAGUACUCGAAAACCAUCUAGACUAUCUCAAGUGCCUAAUGUGUCCGACCAAAUCUCAACUACGCCUGAACGACCAGGUUCGACUGAAUCCACAUCUGAUUCCAAAGCCCCGAGUUCGGACUUCAUACUUGAACCAAACCCAAGCGAUUAUAUUUUCGGUACAUCUGAAGGUGACGAUCUCACCCCCCUCACACUAUCUCAAAUGCAGGUGGCUUUUGCCCAAGGAUUCUGUGCAGUGGUGGCUGUUGAUACGAUCAGAGCUGCAUCUCAGAAGUAUCGGAGUGAACGCGAUGCUCAUGGAAGAGAAAUCUCAAAGCUGAAGAAGGAGCGACAACUCAUAAUUGCAGAAUCAACUCAACUCAAAAAAGAACAAGAGGAUUCGGUCGGCAAGAGCGGACAGAUGCCCAGCCAGGACUUCGCUAAGCAGUUGAAAUCUGACAACCAGUCAAUGGACAAAGAUAGAUCACUUGCACUGGCCGAGAAUGAAAAGCUGAAUGCCCAAAUUAUCCAAAUGGGAGCCGACAAUGAAGGACUCACUCAGUUGAACAAACAACACGAAACUGAGAUCCUGCGUCUCACUGAGGAUUGUGAAGCUGCUGAGAAUCAGUCAAAACUACUGAGGUCUACAAUAGCAAGUGUUUGUGGUCUUGCAGCUGAAGCAAUCCUUAAUGCACCGUAG